UCGUGGACCGAGGGCACUCUCUUGGGGUUCAGUAGCACAAGACUCCAUAAGAAAUCUAGGCAAGAUUCCCAGCUGGCCAUAAUCCAGUUGGUGAAAAGGUACUUUUUGUCGUGGGCUUUGGGUGGAUUUGCUUUGAAGGACUUGGCCUCAGGUUAGGCCUGAGGCCUAGUUCCCCAGCCCAAAGGGCACAGAUGGGGAACUAGAGAAGACAGGCCUGGCCUGGGACCCUUGACUGGCCAGUGUGUGAGAACUAACCCGGGAAGAAAACCUACCUGAAGGAAAGGCCUUCUGGAGGAGGGGUCCAAUCUGUGAAUGUGAUCAUAGGAAGGUAAAAAGGAUCCCAGAGGUAGUUAAUCAGAGCAGAAUCAGCAAUCAUUCCUACAGCCUCUCGAUGGAUCCCGUCCGGCCGUUGUUCAGGGGGCCCACUCCUGUCCACUCAUCUCAAUGUGUUCGGAUGCCAGGCUGUUGGCCACAAGCUCCUAGACCCUUGGACCCAGCCUGGGGUAGGGCAGGACCUGCAGGCAGAGGCCUUGUGUUUAGAAAGCCAGAGGAAUCCAGUCCACAACUCCAGCUAGUACAAAAGGAGUCUGUGGGUUUGGUGUCCAUGUUCCGUGGUAUGGGCCUUGAUACAGCAUUCCGGACCCCUUCAAAACGAGAAGUGCCUCCUAUAGGCAGAGGUGUUCUAGGUCGAGGCUUAUCAGCUAACGUGGUCCGCAAAGACAGAGAAGAACCCCGAUCCUCUUUGCCGGAUCCUUUGGUGCUGGCAGCUGGGGACAGCAAGCUCGCAGAGGCUUCUGUUGGUUGGAGUAGAAUGCUAGGAAGAGGCAGUUCUGACGUCUCUUUGUUACCACUGGGAAGAGCAGCCAGUAGUAUAGGCAGAGGAGUGGAGAAACCUCACAGUGCCUUUGGCCUGACCACCCGGGAUCCCCCACGGCUGCCACAACCUCCAGCUCUGUCUCCGCCCUCACUGCACUCUGCAGAUUCCCCUCCAGUCCUGACUAUGGAACGAAAGGAGAAAGAGAUUUUGGUCAAGCAAGGAUCCAAAGGAACACCUCAGUCUUUGGGACUGAACCUCAUCAAAAUCCAGUGUCAUAAUGAAGCAGUUUAUCAGUAUCAUGUGACUUUCAGCCCCAAUGUGGAGUGCAAGAGCAUGAGGUUUGGCAUGUUGAAGGACCACCAAUCUGUCACUGGAACUGUCACUGCUUUUGAUGGCUCUAUCCUCUAUCUUCCUGUUAAGCUUCAGCAAGUUGUUGAGUUAAAAAGCCAGAGGAAAACUGAUGAUGCUGAGAUCAGCAUUAAGAUACAGCUGACGAAGAUCCUUGAGCCGUGUUCUGACUUGUGCAUUCCCUUCUACAAUGUUGUCUUCCGGCGGGUAAUGAAACUUUUGGAUAUGAAACUUGUGGGGAGGAACUUUUAUGACCCUACAAGUGCCAUGGUACUACAGCAACACAGAUUGCAGAUCUGGCCCGGCUACGCAGCUAGCAUCCGGAGGACAGAUGGAGGUCUCUUCCUACUUGCUGAUGUCUCUCAUAAGGUCAUUCGGAAUGACUCUGUGUUGGAUGUCAUGCAUGCUAUCUACCAGCAGAACAAGGAGCACUUUCAGGACGAGUGCAGCAAGCUUCUGGUUGGCAGCAUCGUCAUCACACGCUACAACAACCGUACCUACCGCAUCGAUGACGUGGACUGGAACAAGACCCCCAAAGACAGCUUCGUGAUGUCUGAUGGGAAGGAGAUCACAUUCCUGGAGUACUACAGCAAGAACUACGGGAUCACAGUUAAGGAAGAUGACCAGCCGCUCCUCAUCCACAGGCCCAGUGAGAGACAGAACAACCACGGCACGUUGCUGAAGGGUGAGAUCCUGCUGCUGCCUGAGCUCUCCUUUAUGACGGGAAUCCCUGAGAAGAUGAAGAAGGACUUCAGGGCCAUGAAGGACUUGACUCAGCAGAUUAAUCUGAGCCCCAAGCAGCACCACAGUGCUUUGGAAUGUCUGCUGCAGAGAAUUUCACAAAACGAGACAGCCAACAAUGAGCUGACCCGCUGGGGGCUCAGUCUACAAAAAGAUGUCCACAAGAUCGAAGGUCGUCUUCUUCCAAUGGAGAGGAUUAACUUAAGGAACACUUCAUUUGUCACAUCUGAGGACCUAAACUGGGUUAAGGAAGUGACCAGAGAUGCUUCCAUCCUGACUAUUCCCAUGCAUUUCUGGGCACUUUUUUACCCAAAGAGAGCAAUGGACCAAGCCAGAGAACUGGUUAACAUGUUGGAGAAGAUAGCUGGCCCCAUUGGUAUGCGCAUAAGCCCCCCAGCCUGGGUUGAACUGAAGGAUGACCGGAUAGAGACCUAUGUCAGGACCAUUCAGUCCUUACUAGGAGUGGAGGGAAAGAUACAGAUGGUUGUUUGCAUCAUCAUGGGCACACGUGAUGAUCUCUAUGGGGCCAUCAAGAAGCUGUGCUGUGUGCAGUCCCCAGUGCCCUCACAGGUCAUCAAUGUCCGAACCAUUGGUCAACCCACCCGGCUUCGGAGUGUGGCUCAGAAAAUUUUACUUCAGAUGAACUGUAAACUGGGUGGUGAGCUCUGGGGAGUGGAUAUCCCGCUGAAACAAUUAAUGGUGAUUGGGAUGGAUGUGUACCACGACCCCAGCAGAGGCAUGCGCUCUGUGGUUGGCUUCGUUGCCAGCGUAAAUCUUACACUCACCAAAUGGUAUUCGAGGGUGGUGUUCCAGAUGCCUCAUCAGGAGAUUGUGGACAGCCUGAAGCUCUGCCUGGUGGGCUCCUUGAAGAAGUACUACGAGGUGUCAUUUCAGGUGAACCACUGUCUCCCAGAGAAGAUCGUGGUGUAUCGAGAUGGAGUGUCUGAUGGCCAGCUAAAGACAGUUGCCAACUACGAGAUUCCUCAGCUGCAGAAGUGCUUUGAAGCUUUUGAUAACUACCACCCCAAGAUGGUGGUGUUUGUAGUUCAGAAGAAAAUCAGCACCAAUCUGUACCUUGCCGCUCCUGAUCACUUUGUGACCCCCUCCCCUGGGACUGUGGUUGAUCACACCAUAACUAGCUGCGAGUGGGUGGAUUUCUACCUUCUUGCCCAUCAUGUGCGACAGGGCUGUGGCAUACCUACACACUACAUCUGUGUCCUGAACACCGCAAAUCUGAGCCCCGAUCACAUGCAGAGGCUGACUUUCAAACUGUGCCACAUGUACUGGAAUUGGCCUGGUACCAUCCGAGUUCCAGCUCCUUGCAAGUAUGCCCACAAGCUAGCUUUCCUGUCUGGACAGAUUUUGCAUCAUGAACCAGCCAUCCAGCUGUGUGAGAACCUGUUCUUCCUAUAACUAGGAGCAUGGACAUUGGCUGCGAGGAGCAACUGGACUCAGGCUCACUCAUUCUCACAGAAUUAUCAGAAAUGGCAGUGGGGUUUUAUGUUGGCAUUUUCUCUUUCUCCAUCUUUGUAGAAUAGAUUUCUGUUGUUCUUUUAACCCAGAUAUUAUAGUAGAGUGUGGUGCUGCAUGCCUGUUAUUCCAAUACUUGGGAAACUGAAGCAGAAGGACCUUUAGUUCAAGGCCAGCCUGGGCUACAUGGUGAGUUCCAGGCUAGCCAAGUUUACAGAGUGAGACCCUGUCUCAAAAAACAAAAACAAGCCCCUGUCCCCGCAAAGCCCACAACAAAACCAAAGCCUGCUGUAAAGGAAGCAAGUUAAGUACCAGCUCCCAGCUGCCUUUAUGGAGCAAAGCCAUGUCGACAGUACUGCUUCUGUGCGGAACAUAGGGUCAGGAACUUCCAGAGGCUGGGGAACAGGUCAGUGUUGAAGCAUGUUCUUAGCAUGUCAAACCCCCGAGUCCAGUUCUCAGCAACCCCCCUAGCAAAUAAGUAAAGAAAGAAAACAUAGCCCCCAAGGCAGCGUGAGCAUCAGUUACCUGCAGGUAACUGUAGGUUGUGCCUACAGGACCUUCCCGUUUUUGUGCCAGAAGUGAUACGAAUGAAGUCACUGCAGACAUCUUAAAGGAGAGAGUUACUUAUUUGGGCAGCCAGGGAGGGCUAUGGAAGGGCCUGUGCAGCACAGGGUGUCAGAGAAAGCAGCUGUGCAUGUGUCAAAGACAUGCAGUAAAAGCAGCAUAAGGAACAGUUGGGCCCCUGAGCCCACUUCUCCCAGGGAUGUGAGUUCGCCUAGUCCCUGGCUUCCUGAGAGUCCAGCUGAAGCUGCUCUUCUGGACCUUUCAGUUAUUUACAGCCCUUGAAAUUGCUUUUCUGAAGCCCUGACAGACGCAUGCAUGUGUGCACACACGCCUUUGCUCUUUGUGACUGAUCCUGAGUAAAUUUGCCUAGAACACGUGGGAAGAAUUCAGGAGAGUUGGGAACAUUAUGGAUGGAGUGCAGGUUUUUUCUGCAGAAGUCUGAAACUGAGAUUAUACAAAAGAGAUUAUUCAAAAUCCAGUCUCAGGCUUUCCAAAGUUGGCUUGGGCAAGUGGGAUGCUCUCUCACCCAAGUCUAGACAGGUAGAAAGUUGUUCUCAGGCCUGUGGGCUUCAGUGUUUUGGAGAGGCAUCAGUUUUCUGUGUGUGUGUGUGGUUUUUUUUUUUCCUUCUGUUUCACAAUCUUCCAAGUUUUUUCAGGCCUAAAUGGAUCAUCCCUUGCUUUACUGGGUUCUAAAAGCUAAUUUUACUUAAUCUUUUCAAAUUUAUGUAUAUUUGUAUUUUGUGUGAUGGAUGGACGGUAGGGGAUUGAGCAGAAAUACUCAUUUUAAAUGACAGUGUGUGUUAAGAGCUUCAGCAUGAAACCACUGAAGAGCAACUGGGGCUGCGGUAGUCAGAUCAGCACACUCGCAGAGCUGGCCCUGUCCUGGGCUUGAAAAAGAUAAAGCCCUUAGUUUGUUGCAGCACUCAGAGGCUGAGGAGGGAUGAGUAUUGGGGUCCUCAAAUGUACCCCUGUUGUUUGGAAUCUAUGACCAAGGUUAGGCUGAGAUCUGAAAUGUAAAAGCCAUAGAAUUAAACAGAACAGACUGAAAAUGGGCCUUUAGCUGAACAAAUUCCACGUUGUGGAUUUCUUUGGAAGUAUUUUGAGUUUGCUUUAGAAGUUGCUUUUCCUAGCACUUCUUUUCUCCUUAGGUAGAACAUGCUUAACUUUAAUUCCAGAAUGUCUGUGCUCUCUAUACCUGAUGUUCUUGACUUGUUUUUCAGUUUCAGUGCCAAGCAGUUGGGCCAUGUGGUAUAAAAUAAAUACAUUCUAUGUCUGUA